CAAGUUCCACUGUGCUAAUAUGCUUUACAGGAACCGGUACCAGAGCCAGGGACUCGCAAUCUCGGACAGCAACCCUUCAUGGCGGCUGCUAGAAACAUCUUGCAGAUGAGGCGAGUGGUCUCUUUCUUUGUACAUAAUCGCAAUCAUCCCUGCAUCUUUCCCAUUAAUAGAGAACCAGCCUGGCAACUUCUUCCUUCUGAAAGAUCAAUAUUCACUAGAGAUUAUUUUUAUAGAAGGUUUCAGACGCAAACAAAUCCAGCUAGUCAGCUUAAUGAGGAUUCAGAAAACGAUGAAACUGGUUGUCUCAAGCCCAGUCAUGACUCAGCAACUGCUCCUUCCCAAACAAACGGUAGCGAUAAUUCUGCUGUUGAGUACUCCACUAUAUCAAACUUGAAAACAUCACCAAGGCAUGAUCUUGCAAUGAUAUUUACCUGUAAGGUAUGCGAGACAAGAUCAGUGAAGACAGUUUGUCGCGAAUCAUAUGAGAAAGGUGUGGUGGUGGCACGUUGUAGUGGCUGUAAUAACUUACAUCUGAUUGCCGAUCGCCUUGGGUGGUUUGGAGAACCAGGAAGCAUUGAGGACUUCCUGGCUGCUCGUGGGGAGGAAGUGAAAAAAGGUUCUGUGGAUACACUGAAUUUAACGCUUGAAGAUUUAGCAGGAAACAAAAUUUUGAAAGAGUAGGAAUUUCAGCAGCCAAGUAUCAGUAUUUGAGAGAAUCAAUGUGGUGAAUUGUAUAAGAAUGGCAUAUUUGUUGACCUAAUUCUCAUUGCAAAUUGGAAUCUCGUAUACUUUUCA